UUACAAACAUGGCAAAUGAAACUUAAAGGCGGCGUUUCUUUUCGCGAUGAAGUGUCGUCGAUUCACGGCUGGUUUUGCUGAUUAGUUCCAUGCGUUAGUUUAGAUCCAUCGGGUUUCUUUGGCAUUUCGGGUUCUUCCUGCACCUGAUGGAUGUGAAGGAGGUCGGCGAGAUAGCGCUGCGGAUGGAACGGCUCUAUGAAAUGGGUCACUACGAGGAGGUGGAGGACCUGCUGCGACGGGCUGGGGAGCUUCCCUUCACCGUGGAGCACCUGCAACGCUCAGGCAUCGGCCCAGUCCUCCAUCGAGCGCUCAGGACCUGCCCCGCCGCAGCUGUCAGGAAAGCAGCGAGGUGUCUCUUCUCGAAAUGGAAGAGACUUCACAAAGAAUACGCCAGUCAUAGUGCCUACGCUGAAGGAGCAAAGCGAGGAGAUGGAUCCAGGGGUGGCCUCUCAUUUGGACGAGUGGAUUUUACUUGCGAUCUUCUUUCUCACCGUAAUCACAGACCCUCCGCUGAAGAACCAAAUAGUGAAAAUGGCUGCAGAAGUAAAGUGUCACUAGUAGAUUCUACUGAUGGUACUCUUUCUCAGAGUAAUUAUAGACCCUCUGCUGAAGAACCAAGUGGUGAAAAUGGCUGCAGAAGUUAUGUGUCAUUUGGAGGACUGGAUUCUGCUGGUGGUCGUCUUUCUCACAGACCCUCCGCUGAAGAACCAAGUGGUGAAAAUGGCUGCAGUAGUUACGUGUCACUUGGACGACUGGAUUCCACUGAUGAUCCUCCUUUUGAUCAUAAACCCUCUAUCAAUGAUGCAAAGGGAGAAGAAGGCUCCAAAAAUUGCAUGUUACUUGGACAGGCUCAUUCCAGUGGCAGUGAUCUUCUGGACAGUAAUCAUAAGCCCUUCACUGAAAAACCAGUUGUAGAUAAUUCCUCCAGGAGUGACACACCAGUUGGUCAAGUGGAUUCCACUGGUGGUUGUCCUCCAGACACUAGUCAUAAACCCUCUAUCAACGAAGCAAAGGGAGGAGAAGGCUCUGGAAGUUGCCUGUUAUUUGGACAGACUCAUUCUAGUGGCAGUGCUCUUCUAGACUUUGAUCACAAACCCUCCACUGAAGAAUCAGUUGGAGAAAAUGGCUCCAGAAGUCAUGCGUCCAUUGGACAAGUGGACUCCACUUGUGUUCCUCCUCUAUACAGUAAUCAUAAAUCCUCUGUCACGGAAGCAAAGAGAGAAAAGUGCUUAAAAGGGCCUGAUACCAGUGACAGAGCUCUUCCUGCUUCUCGAGAACACCAGAUUUGCCUUGCAAGUACGAAAGGUCUCAAAGAACCUGAACUUGUUUGUGAGAAACACUUUGUGGAGAAAUCAUCCACAGGUGCUGAGCCUGAAUCUUCUGCAGCUGGACUUGCUGUAGACAGAAGGGAACAUACCCCAUUGGUACCACCAGAACAGCUCUCAGAGGAGCCUUCUAGCACUUGUAAAGUCACAACAGUGAUUCCAGCAUCCUACAGUAAAGAUGACUCAUGUCUCAGGUCCAGAUGCUCUAGACUGAUCUUCCAGGCCCUCUCGCACCCCGAGGUGAAUAGCCCAGUCGUGCUGCAGCCUGUUGCUACACUCAGGAAGCUGGCCCAUGCCAUCGAGGAGCAUAUCUUCGCUUUGCAUGGUCAAAAUGAGCGCAAGUACAAGUCUUGUGUGAGGAGCAAGGUGGCCAACCUGAGAAACCCUAAAAGCACUCACCUUCGCCAGGAACUGCUCUGUGGAGAACUGGGGGCUGAGCGUUUCGCCCAGAUGUCCUCCGCAGAGAUGGCGGGCGAGGAGCUCCGGCGGCUCAGGGCAGAGUACACGGAGCAGGGCAUCAGCCAGCACCAGUUACCCCAGCCAGUGGAGGGGACUUCCACUAGGAAGGUCCGCUGCAGGCGCUGCGAGGGGUUCAACUGUCAUGUGACACGCAUCCCCAGGGGAACCCUGUUCCUCCCAGGGUGGGUGCGCAGUGGGAGCCCUGACGAGGAGAUGACCUUUGUGACAUGCAACACCUGCGGACAGCAGUGGUAUCACAGCGGCUGGGUGUGUUUGUGAGCGGAGCGAGGCACCGGGAUCACACCCUGUCAUAUGUUCAUUUACAGUAUUGCAUUGUAGCACACAUGUACCCUAUUUGAAAGAUUGUAAACCCUGUGCAAUACGAUAUACACAAUGUCUGUCUGGAGCAGUCUCUACUUGGAUGUUUGUAAUAUAGAUUUUUAAGGUUUAAAACUAGGUCAGCAGACAAGAAUUGAGAAAUGCAAAUUUAUUUACAUUUGUACAUAUCUAUUGAAUGAUCUCAGGCUUUCAUUACUCUUUUUGUAAUGACACUGUGAACAUGUCAUUCACAUUACUGCCUCCCUCAUACGGUGCAUGUGGCUAGCGUUGUGUGUACGCAUGUGAUCACAGGAUGACCACCCUGGAGCCUCCAAACCGAACCAAGGGCGCAGCCUUUGCUCCAGGCUACAUGCACACAUGGCACUCGAUGCAUGUAACCAAUUGUAAUAUCAGACUUGUUUUCGAAAACAAUCACUUCCUUAACUUACUUCUUCAGAAAUUCUUUUAAUAUAAACAUUUUUUGAAAAGCAGAAGGAAGGCAAAAUUGAGCACAGAAAUUGCAGCUUUAAAAAUAGUUUUAAAUAGUUUUCCUCCUGGUUGAAAGCAAGAAAAAAAAUCUCAUUUUGAGUUAAUAAGAUUGUAAAAGAGCUAGGUUUUGCCAAAUUAUUCUUUAUUGCAAAUAUUCAGUUGGAAAACAAGUUAUGAUUAAAGAGUAUAUUUUACACAGCAACUGUAGUUACUAAGGGUCUCCAACACACCUCUGUCAGACUCAUUUCUCCUCUGAUCUCCAAUGUGCUCAGUAAACAUGUACAAUGUUAUCUGUUUAAUUAUUUAAAAAAAAAAACUAUAUGCAGCUACUUGUGUAAUGUAUAGUGGUUUUUACGGUUGUAUGACACAAACUGACUACUGAAGAAUCACAUAUCUGCAUCCAGAGCUCUCCUGUUGGUGUAAUGCACUGUUGUGUUAU